AUGGCAGAAUUAGAUAUCAAGCCCGCGUUGGUGAAGAAUUCAUCCACCAACAGUAGUCGCAAAUCAGGGCGUCGUGUGUCAUUUGAAUUUCCCCCUAACAACCGCCCCCAAAGUCAGUCCUUUAGCCAUGAAUCUAUUGAAGAAUUUGACAAUGGACAUUAUCAUCCAUGUUGUUUGGCAUGUUGUGCAUGGUCAUGUGUUAUUCUAUUCAUCUUCAUCGUUAUUUUCAUCUUUUUGGGAAUAUCCUAUUUAGCGUUUCUGAAAGCAGGGAUGCCUACAAUCAACGUGAGGACAUUCAAUGUCACCAAGUUUCAAGUUGAUUAUAACUCACAAAAAAUGGAUACAAUCAUAAGUUUAGGUUUAAAAUUCUCAAAUAAGAAUGAAGAACUCAAACUUUUGUAUGGUCCUCUUUUUAUCGACGUCACAAGUGAUGAUGUGUUAUUAGGUAAGACUACAUUAAGUGGAUUCGCUCAAAUGCCUCGAAAUGAGACAAAUUUGGAUAUGACAAUGACAACAAAUGAUGCAAAUGUCAACAAAUAUGCUGCCGAUGAUUUAAAAUCAGACAUUAGUGCGUAUGAGAUGGUGUUUGAUGUAUAUAUCAGUGGAAAAAUUGGUGUGAAAAUCGGUAGUUUGCAUAUGAUCAAUGUUCCUUUUCUAUCAUCUUGUGAACAAAUCAAAAAGAUUGAUGUGGAUUAUGGAAGAAAACCUGAAUGUGAUAUCAAGAUGUUCUCUUUUAGGUAA